AUGGCCUGCCGACCCGAUCCAGAGAUUGUGCUUUACGACUUGGCCUGCACCAAGAACGUCUGUUUCUCUCCAGUAGUGUGGCGUAUCCGCCUCCUGCUCAACUAUAAACAGAUCCCUUACAAAACCAUAUUCCUCGAAUUUCCCGAUAUUGAACCUACACUGAAAGCGCUCGGCAUAGAAUCCCAAUCCAAGUACACAGUUCCUGCCAUCCACCAUGUGCCGAGUAACACUUAUAUGAUGGACUCGACUCCCAUCGCUCAAUUUAUCGAGUCUACCUAUCUAGACCGGCCAGUUCCGUUGACUUCAGAGCUCGGGCGUGAGAUCGAAACUAAAGCACGCGCUGUUGUCGGCCCGACCUUCCGCAACUCAGUAAUGCCGCGAGAGGCGAAUAUUCUGUCUCCUCUCUCACAGGAGUACUUCCGCAGAGCUUGUGAAGCAACCCUUGGACAUCCGCUCGAGGAUCUUCUUGAGCGGGAGGAGAACAGUUGGAAUUCCUUGGCAGACGGUAUUCGUGCUGUCGGGGAACUGAUGCAGACAAACAAAGCCGAUGGGCCUUUUGUACUAGGCGCCCAACCAAGCUAUACUGACUUUUUCAUUGCUGGUUCCCUUCAGAGUGCUAGGAUGGUGGACGAGGGGGUAUUCCAAAGGAACAUCAAGUUCCCUGGUUAUUGGGAGAUUUAUGAGGCUUGUUUACCAUACAUGGACAAAAGAGAUUAA